AUGGGACCGAAGGUGGUGCCACCUCCAGCCAAGGCUGUUCUGGCCAAGGCUGUCCCGAGGAUCGUCCGACCACCUAGGCCUGUGUUGCCAAAGGUGCAUGCCCAUGGUCGUGGUGGUGGUGGUCCUGGGCCAUUGCAACCUGGUAGAGUCACUCCAGGAUCAUGGAAGGCAGCAGGACCCUUGCCUGUUGGCCGGGUUGUGGCGGGGGAUCCAAUCAGUUUUGAGGAAGUGGACAAAGCUCCACUAGCCCAGGAAAUGGAGAUUGAAAAAGAGAAGGAGAAAGAAAAGGAGAAGGAAAUUGGGAAAGCCACAUCGAUGGAAAUGGAAACAGCCGUGGAGAAGGACAUCAUCAUGGAGAAAGCCACAUCGAUGGAAAUGGAACCAGCUGUGGAGAAGGACAUCAUCAUGGAGAAAGCUACAUCGAUGGAAAUGGAACCAGCUGUGGAGAAGGACAACAUGGAGAAAGCCACAUCGAUGGAAAUGGAAUCAGCCGUGGAGAAGGACAUGGAGACAGCCACAUCGAUGGAAAUGGAAACAGUUGUGGAGAAGGAACUGGAGACGGCCACGGAGAGUGAGGAGAACAUUGACCAGGCGACGGGCCUCAGAGCGAAGUCAGCUGCUGCCCAGGCACCAGUCUCGCUGCGAAGAUUUCAGCGUGGUGUCGGGGAAUCGGAUGCAGCUGGCUUCUUCAUCCCGAUCAACUACGGGAUCAAUUGGCAGGCGGUGAGGGAGUCUCGGUUAACCAGAGCUGGAUCUGGGACGAUGGAUACACCGACUCCAAACCAUGACGAUCCAUCACCGCUGGAGUCAUCAGACUGGAGGCCAAGUGGAUAUGUGCCGACUCGGGACCAAGCCGAUGCUGCUGAACCGCCAUCUCCUGCGCUGCUGCAGUUUUGGUCGAAGUUCAAGGUGCCUGCAGCUGUGCCAGUGGCGACACCACCAAGGGCCAGGAGCACUGAUGCUGUUGGAGUUGACACAGUGGCUUCGACAUUGCCGGAUGUGGAGUCGUACCAUCCGGACAACCAACUAGGCAGUGAGGUGAGUGGCACUCCCAGUGGUCCGGUUGCUCUAGCUUUGACAAGGGCGACCACAGUGGAUCUUCUUUCUCCCAGUGCACCACCUGGUUCCGUAGCUUCGCAGAAACUGGAAGAUGUGGAUGCAGCAGUACAGAACUCAGCAGUGAAGAAGAAGCUGAAGGAGGUGCAGGAGAGUGCCAAGGGAACCAACAGUUGGGAAUGGGAGAAGCUCUAUGACCAGUUUACCGCAUGCGGAGGGGAUUGGUUGAAGUCUGAGUUGGUCUUGGAAGCAAAGGAUUCCAAGGAGACUUCCAAGUUUGGCCGAUGGAAGACUAUGUCCAAGUUGGAACUUCUGGAGCGCUACAAAGACUCCGACUUGGUUGAUGAUCUCAUCCAGCGCAAGACUGACCAGAAGAUGUACCAAGCGGAUGAAAAUUUCCCGACCCGGGAGGUGGAACCUGUAUGCAUUUGUAGUUGUUGUCAACAUUGGCAUUUAUAUUCUUGUGACAAAACAUUAUCAUGUUUAAACACACAUUAUCUCCAUAAACAUCCUGCCAGGAUCUGCGAGUCUAUUGGGUCUGGGCCACCUGUGAAGAAGAGGAUGCCCAGCGCCAUGUGGAGUCUGUGGGCAUUACCUCGAGAGGAGCUGGAGUUGGCAAGGUUGCUGGGAAUCUGGUGUCGGAGCCCCAGAACCACUGAUCUGACGCCAUCUCAAUAUCAUUGCAUAUGUCAUCUGCUCUAUAUAUAUAUAUAA